AUGGGCUCGGUGGGAGCUGAGCGCUUCAAGGAGCUGAGCCCAGUGGGGACGCCCGAGGGCAACGUGGUGAUGAGCUUCAGCUUUGACAGCUACCAGCUGGAGGAGGAGGAGCUGCAGAGGGCCAGCCAGACCAAGGGUGUCCUCACCUUCAUGGAGCCAGUUGCUGAGGAACCUGAGCCCCAGGAUCGAUACCAUGGGAUUUAUUUUGCCAUGCUGCUGGCUGGGGUGGGAUUUCUUCUGCCAUACAACAGCUUUAUCACCGAUGUGGAUUACCUGCACCAUAAAUACCCAGGGACCUCCAUUGUCUUUGACAUGAGCCUCACCUACAUCCUCGUGGCCUUGGUGGCUGUCAUCCUCAACAACGCCCUGGUGGAGCUGCUGAGCUUGCACACCCGGAUCUCCGUGGGCUAUCUCUUUGCCCUGGGGCCUCUGCUCUUCGUCAGCAUCUGCGACGUUUGGCUGGAGCUCUUCACCCGCAGACAAGCUUAUGCCAUCAACCUGGUGGCAGUCGGGGUGGUGGCCUUUGGCUGCACAGUGCAGCAAUCCAGCUUCUACGGCUACACGGGGCUGCUGCCCAAGCGCUACACCCAGGGGGUGAUGACGGGCGAGAGCACCGCUGGGGUCAUCAUCUCCCUCAGCCGCAUCUUCACCAAGCUGCUGCUCUCAGAUGAGAAGGAGAACACAGUCAUCUUCUUCUUCAUCUCCAUCGGCAUGGAGCUGACAUGCUUCAUCCUGCACCUCCUGGUGAAACGCACCCAUUUCGUCCGCUACUACACCACCUGCUCCACCAAGGGUCCCCCCGAGCCCCGGGGGGCUGGAGAUCACGGGAGGGGCUACCGUGUCCACCACGAUGUCACUGCCGAGGACAUCCAAUUUGAGAAUCGACCAUGGGGGGGGCAGCCAAGCUCCCCCCGGGGCAGCCCAGGCCCCGAAGCUGAGCUGGCUGGCAGUGGCACCUACGUACGUUUUGAUGUCCCUCGGCCCAAAAUCAAGAGGAGUUGGCCCAGCUUCAGAGACAUGCUGCUGCACCGUUACGUCGUGUCCCGGCUGAUCUGGGCCUACAUGCUUUCCAUUGCCAUGACCUACUUCAUCACCCUGUGCCUCUUUCCUGGGCUGGAGUCAGAGAUCCACAACUGCACACUGGGGGAAUGGCUCCCCAUCCUCAUCAUGGCCAUCUUCAACCUCUCUGACUUCGUCGGCAAGAUCCUGGCUGCCUUGCCCUAUGACUGGAGAGGAACUCACCUCCUUGUCUACUCCUGCCUCCGUGUGGUCUUCAUCCCCCUCUUCAUCAUGUGUGUCUAUCCCAAUGGGAAGCCCACCUUCGGCCACCCAGCCUGGCCCUGCAUCUUCUCUCUCCUCAUGGGCAUCACCAAUGGCUACUUUGGCAGUGUCCCCAUGAUCCUGGCUGCGGGCAAAGUGAGCCCAGAGCAGCGGGAGCUGGCAGGGAACACCAUGACUGUGUCCUACAUGACAGGCUUGACGCUGGGCUCGGCCGUGGCGUAUUUUGCCUACAGCCUCACCAGCACCUCCCACAGCUCCUGCUUCUACACCGAGACCUCCAAUGGCUCCUUUACAUCAGGGUACUGAGCCCCUGCGUGGGGCAAUGGGGACAAGAUGGAGACCUUCUUCCCACCGUGGUCCCCACUGUCCCUCUUGGCCCGUGUCACUCCUCAGGGAAGGAUCCUGGAGGCAGAAAGGUGCCCAAGGGCAGCCAGGGACCAGCAUCCCAUUGGCAGGGACACUUCUUGGGGUGACAUUCCUCCCACCCCAGGGACAGUCCCAUUGCUCUUCGGGUGGUUCCCUAUCAGUGAUGUGGAGCCAAGAGGGAAAGUUUUCUCCUGUUUAAGCCAAGCCAUUGCCAGGAGGAAGAAAAUACUGCCAAAUCCCAAAGGGAGUGAGAUCAGCACUGGGGAGGAGGGUGAUGUGGAGGGCUGGGGAGGAAGAGGAGGAGACAGAGAGGAAGGAAACAUUCCCUCAAGCCCUGGUUGUUCUGAGAAGGUGGUCUCAGCUUUGCAGGCACUGCAGGUUUUCACCAAGGCUUGAAACCAUCACCCCUCCCCAAAGAGGCCAAGUGCUGUGUCAAACACCCAGGAACUUACUUCUGCUGGCUGGGAAAGAAGUUAUUUUUCUUUUUUUCUGUUGUGUCUUGUUUUUUGCCCCCUCUAACUGUGAGAGGCAGGGUCUUGCCUCCCCAAGCCCCAAGUUGUGGGUCUACAAUGGGCCAGAGGGGAGUCUCAAGGCCACAGUGCUGCAGAUGCUGCCCAGGGGCUGCUGCUGAGCUUCAGGAUUUUUGCAAGGGACGCAAGUGACAUCUGCAAUGAUGCUCGGUCUCGGCUGCUGGUGAUGGACAAACAGGCAGAGCAUUAAUCCUGCUCCCUGUCCUCUAGGGUCUUGGGGUGUCCCUUGUGUUGCUCUCCAUAUCCUAGAUUCCAUCCAUCACCUGGGACAGAUGGAUUUGUCACCAGGUCCCAUCAAACCCCUACCAGCCUGCAAAGUGCAACACUUUAGUUGGUAGUAAGCAAGAGAAAGAAGGGGCUGAGAGGAGCAGAAACCAUCUGCAGAAGUUACCAGCACCAGAGGCUGCAGCUUUUUUGGGACUGGCUACUACUCCUAGUGCCAGGGGUCAGCAGGUGCCACCUCCCAAGGAAGCAAAGACCAAGGAUUGGAGGUGGCAGGAGCAAGAGUCAGCAAGCACCAGGCUUGGCACCCCUGACCCAGCCCCACCAUGCCAAACCCCCAGCUGGCUGAAGUGCAGCUUACACCAAAAGGAGCAAAUCCAGCACUUGAUCCUCAAAACAUGGUCCCUGCAGGGCUCAAGGCAGGGAAGUCACUGUGCCCAUGGCUCCCCCAAGAGCCAUGUGGCACCUGGGUUGUUGGGUCUUUCCCUAAACACAAGGUAAGGGCUGAGCCAAAAAGAGACCAUGGCCACCAAGGGCUGAACAACCCUGCAGUCAGGACAAGUGAUACAAAGAAAGAUGCUUCAUUGGGUUGCUUUUUUUUUUUUUUUCAAUUAUUUUUUUUUUUUUAUGAAAAAAGAUCACACUGAGUUCUCCAACAAACAGAAUGCCAAAAAAAAUUUUUUUUAAACAAAACAUAAACAAAACAAACAAACAAAAAAAAAGACAAAAACCUGGCUCUCCUUUCCUCUCGAUUGUCUGAAAUAUCCUUGUGUUCCAUAGAAGGCAGUGGGUUUUAAGUGCUUUCUAUUUAACAUUAGCAUAAAAUCUCUCUCGCGCGCUCUCUCUCUCGCUCUUUAAAAUAUGCUCACACAAUUUGCUUCUAGAAGUACAGUACACUUUGAGCGUGGGGGGGUGUGCCUGUUCCCAGAUCAUUUA